AUGGAGCUGGGGCUGAGCCUGGGGGAGGCCGCCGUGGCGGAGGCGGGGAGGGCGCCGGAGCUCCUGCUCGGGCUCGGGGUCGGUGCCGGGAGGGGCGACGAGGGUGAGAAGCGGAGGAGGGAGGUGGCGGCGGGACCGGGGUGGUGGGCUGCCGCGGCCUCGCCGGAGCCGUCGGUCCGGCUCAGCCUCGUCUCCACCCUCGGACUCCGGUGGCCUGCCGAGACUGGGCGUUCGGAACCGUCCGCACAACGUGGGUUCGACGUCAACCGGACGCCGUCGGUGGCGCCGGGCGCCGCGGGGACGGAGGAGCGGGAGGAGGAGGACGACGACGGGGCCGCCGCGGCCUUCUCUUCCUCGCCCAACGAUAGCGGCGGCUCCUUCCCGCUGGACCUCUCCGGGCACGGCAGGCUGGAGGCGGCGGCGGCGCAGGCUGGGGGCGAGCGCUCCUCCUCCCGCGCCAGCGACGACGACGACGGCGCCUCCGCCCGCAAGAAGCUGCGCCUCUCCAAGGACCAGUCCGCCUUCCUCGAGGAGAGCUUCAAGGAGCACAGCACCCUCAACCCCAAGCAGAAGGUGGCGCUGGCCAAGCAGCUAAACCUCCGGCCGCGCCAAGUCGAGGUCUGGUUCCAGAACCGCAGAGCCAGGACGAAGCUGAAGCAGACGGAGGUGGACUGCGAGUACCUCAAGCGCUGCUGCGACACGCUCACGGAGGAGAACCGACGCCUGCACAAGGAGCUCUCCGAGCUGCGCGCGCUCAAGACGGCGCACCCAUUCUACAUGAGCCUCCCGGCCACCACGCUCUCCAUGUGCCCUUCGUGCGAGCGCGUCGCAUCCAACCCCGCCGCCACCACUAACUCCGGCCCCGCGGCCAGGGCAAGCAACGCCGCUGCCGCUGCCGCCGCGCCUGAGCAACGGCCGUCGUCUUUCGCCGCGCUCUUCGCCUCGCCACGAGGCUUCCCGCUGGCCGCGCAGCCGCGGCCGCCGCCGCCGGCGAGCAACUGUUUGUAA